GGGAGGGGGGGGGUAGAGUUGUAAACGCUCACAUUUACACUGAAAGAAGAGGGAAGCCACGCGCGAUGGACGUUUAGCUAAACUAUAAGCUAUGUAUGCUUCAGUGUGACUUUUAGCUGCAAAGUUGUAUCCACACACGUUAGCACCAUGGAUAGAGAGUGUGUGUCGCUGCUGCCCAGUGUGUGUGAGGUGCUGGCGGCCCCAGGGAGGUCUCUGCCCGAUGACACCAGCCUGGAGAAACUGUUGGACUGGUUCUCAGGGCUCACCGAGGCUGGCGGAUCUCUGCUGGAGGCCUGUCCAUGCCUGCUUGAAUUCACAUCCACUGUGGUUCACAACACCGCUUCAGACCCCGGUGUCCUCUCCUUCACCCUCAGACUCACCGGCUUAAUGGCUGCCGCUGAGGACGGCUUCAAAAAGCUUCAGGAACGCUCGGUUCUGAACCAGGUCUUCCACCUACAGCACUGGCAAGAAGCUGGACUCUGGGAGGAUCCCUGUCUACGGAUCGGCUGGAUCCAGGGCUUACGGAGCAUGCUGCAGCACCCAAAGGCUCUCGGUUUCUUUGUGCAAUCAGAUUUCAUUGACCCGCUCCUUCAACUCCAGACAGACACGAGUCUGUUCGUUGCCUCAGCUGCCAAUCAAAUGCUCGCCCACAUCCUGCUCUUCUUUCAGCCGGUCUCGUGUCUGGGAUGUAACGGCGUAGAUAAGAAAGAAGAAGAAGACGACGACGGGAGGACGCAUACCAGCGGAGAGUACACUGCUGCUGUCACGGCGAUCUCAGAGUACCUCAAGGUGUCGUUGGUUCCCAAAAAAUACACAAAGCUCCGUCAGAGUCUGCAGAUCCUCAAACUGCUGGCCCUGCUCCUGGCCCAGGCCGGGCCUCCUCUCUGGGACAAGCUGCUCCACACAGUCGCGGACUCUCUGGAGGAACUGGUGACGGCAGGCUGCAGUCAGCUCACGUUGCCUCUGAUGGACGUCAUUCUGGCUGCAUGCAGCAGCUCCGGCGCUGAUGAACGUGUGCCAGACCAACGCGUCGGCCGUCUUCUGUCGGCCAUGUUGAACGUUAACAAACCCGCUGACCUCAUUCAUGCUGCAGCCGCUUUUCUUCGCCGAGGUCACCAUGAUAUUGUCCACACAACCCGGGCCGUGAGAAUACUUCUGCUACCCCUCCACAUUGUAACUGGUCAAACUCUACUGGGCACAAACACCACUGCAGACGAGCAUCAGUCUUCAGUGGUAGAGCAGCUGAAGUGUAAAACCUCCUGCAUCUCCAUCAUCUGUGUCUGUCUGACAAACACACCACGGAUCACACUCUCGCCUUCCGGCGUCCUCCCCUGUCCUCCAGAUUUAAUCGUCACUGCAGUUCUGUCACUGUUAAGGAUCUGCAGCGGCGUCUCCUCCUCCUCCUCGUCCACCAGUUGCAGUGAGGUUUGCAGGAAUGUAAUCGGCAGUGGCAAAGUUCAGAAAUGUGCCCUCGAGGCUCUGACGGCUCUCAACAGCAGCCCAGGAGCGAAGGAGAAGAUCAGUGAAGUGUUCACGGUUCUGAUGCAAUAUCUGGACAAUCCUGAUUCGGAUCCCACUGUACUCCACAAGUCCUUCCAGGCCAUAGUAAAAUGGACGAGUGUGUCCACAGAGCUGUCCUUUGCAACAGACCAGCUCAGACGAGACCUCGUGGAGAUAGUGAAGAAGCGCGUGUGUGACAUGCGCUGGGAGGUGAGAGACUCGACGGUGGAGUUUCUGGGACACCUGGCAGGUGUGCGUGUCUCCGUGUCAACAGCCGAGGAGGUGUGCGAUGCGUCCCAUGUGCUGCUGGGCGGCUGCUGUACCACUCCUCUCCUGAAGGAGGCACUCCAGGAUACGGAGAGCUACGUGAGAGCCAGCGCCAUCUCUGCACUGGCAAAGUCACUGACACAUGGCUGGCAGCAGGGGACAGCACUCAGUGAGGAGGAGACUGAAAUAGUGAGCCGGCUGCUUGAGAUCCUCUCCCAGGACACAGAGGGAUUCCCCAGGAGGGCUGUCGUACAAUACUUCAUCUCCUGGUUCUCUUCGCGCUCCUCGUCUGCAUCGCCAUCCGCCUCCUCAGCCUCACUCCUGAAGCAGUGCGUGCGCUCCGUCCUCUCACAGGGCAGCGCCGAUCUGGACUGGGAGGUGAAAGUUCACACGCUGGAGCUGGCCGAGCUGGUGCUGGACGAAGCAUUUUCAGGCCACCUGGGUUACAGGAAGGGUUCAGACAAACCUCGUGCCCUGCAGCACUCGUAUGGUGUCGUCUCUGAACAGACCUACACUCUUCACACUCGCACAGAGGGUGCGGAGUCAGCAUUGGCCAGCGUGGUCAAGCUGGGAGUCAUCUCGGCGCUGUUGAGCGGUCUGGUUGACUGCGACAGACCUGUGGGUCUGAGAGCCUGUCGAGUGCUGAUGACACUCAGAGACGCAGUCUGCCCAGAUGCUACUGCUGCCGUGGCAGCGGUAUCCUGUGAACUGCCUGGCUCAGGCUGGGGGCAGGAGAUCAGAAAGACACUGGGGAUGAAGAGGAGUGACAUCGCAGCAGAGAGAGGUAUCGGAGGAGCAGACGAGGGAGGUGACAGUGGGAGUGUGAGUGUGUGUGAGGCGUUGAGGUCUCUGGGUCUGGACGAGAGGCUGGACGUCCUUACUCAAAGCAGCGACCACAUCCACAACUCCCCCCUCUCUCUGCUGAAGGACAUACUGACCACGAGUGCCGCUCACACUCAUCCAGACACACAGCCGGGGCAAGAGGUCAUAGUGGACUGCUACUGACACACACACACACACACACACACUCGGCCUUAUGGUGGUUUGUUAUCAGUGAUGAACAACGCAGUCUCAACUCAGGGUACUUUUGUGAUAUUUUAGCUACUUAAGUAAAAGAUGAGUUUUCCUGAUUUAUACAUGUGUACUGUUGCUACAGAGACCUGAGAUCAAUUUCAAUGUUUCACUUUGUGAUUUUUGACUUCACAAAAAUUGAUGCGAUGAACAUUCUCCUUUUGUCUGCUGUCAAUUUUUGAACAUUCAAUAUUGUAAAUUCAUUAAAUACCAA